GACUCAGUCCGGAGCCACGAGCACGAGCACGAGCACGAGCGCACGUCAGCGCGCGCCCGCCCUGCUGCGAGGAGACCCCGCCGGCCUGCCCCGCUGCGCUACCCUCGCGGCCAUGGAGCUGCCCGGGAGCCUGUGCAAGAAGGUCAAGCUGAGCAACGACGCGCAGAGCUGGGGGAUGCAGAGAGCAACUAAUGUUACUUAUCAAGCCCACCAUGUCAGCCGGAACAAGAGAGGUCAGGUGGUGGGGACCAGAGGUGGCUUUCGUGGGUGUACAGUUUGGCUAACAGGCUUGUCUGGAGCAGGGAAGACUACGGUGAGCAUGGCUUUGGAGGAGUACUUGGUUUGCCAUGGUAUUCCGUGCUACACUUUGGAUGGUGACAAUAUUCGUCAAGGUCUCAAUAAAAAUCUUGGCUUUAGUCCUGAAGACAGAGAAGAGAAUGUUCGACGCAUUGCAGAAGUUGCUAAGCUGUUUGCGGAUGCUGGCUUAGUGUGCAUUACAAGUUUUAUAUCGCCUUAUACACAGGAUCGCAACAAUGCAAGACAAAUUCAUGAGGGUGCAAGUUUACCUUUUUUUGAAGUAUUUGUUGAUGCUCCUCUGCAUGUUUGUGAGCAAAGGGAUGUCAAAGGACUCUACAAAAAAGCACGGGCAGGAGAAAUAAAAGGUUUCACUGGGAUUGAUUCUGAAUAUGAGAAACCAGAGGCCCCCGAGCUGGUGCUGAAAACAGACUCCUGUGACGUCAAUGACUGUGUCCAGCAGGUUGUGGAACUUCUGCAGGAACGGGAUAUUGUACCUGUGGAUGCCUCUUAUGAAGUAAAAGAACUGUAUGUGCCAGAAAAUAAGCUUCAUUUGGCGAAAACAGAUGCAGAAGCAUUACCAGCAUUGAAAAUUAAUAAAGUAGAUAUGCAGUGGGUGCAGGUUUUGGCAGAAGGCUGGGCAACCCCACUGAAUGGCUUCAUGAGAGAGAGGGAGUACUUGCAGUGCCUUCAUUUCGAUUGUCUUUUGGAUGGAGGUGUCAUUAAUUUGUCGGUGCCCAUCGUUCUGACGGCCACUUGCGAAGAGAAGGAGCGGCUGGAUGGCUGCACGGCAUUUGCUCUGGUAUACGAGGGCCGGCGUGUGGCUAUUCUCCGCAAUCCAGAGUUCUAUGAGCACAGGAAAGAGGAGCGCUGUGCCAGACAGUGGGGAACCACAUGCAAGAGCCACCCCUACAUCAAGAUACAGGGAAAGAAGAUGCAUGAAGGUGUAAGAAAUUUGAGGUGCUGUGGUGAUUGUAAGAUGGUUAUGGAACAAGGAGAUUGGCUGAUUGGAGGAGAUCUUCAAGUCCUGGACCGAAUUUAUUGGAAUGAUGGUCUUGAUCAGUACCGUCUUACUCCUACUGAGCUAAAACAGAAGUUUAAAGAUAUGAAUGCUGAUGCUGUCUUUGCAUUUCAGUUACGCAACCCUGUGCACAACGGACAUGCUCUGUUAAUGCAGGAUACGCAUAAGCAACUCCUGGAGAGGGGCUACCGGCGCCCAGUCCUCCUCCUCCACCCUCUUGGUGGCUGGACGAAGGAUGAUGAUGUUCCCUUGAUGUGGCGGAUGAAGCAGCACGCUGCAGUGCUGGAGGAAGGCGUCCUGAGUCCUGAGACGACGGUGGUGGCCAUCUUCCCAUCCCCCAUGAUGUAUGCUGGGCCAACUGAGGUCCAGUGGCAUUGCAGAGCACGGAUGGUUGCAGGAGCUAAUUUUUACAUUGUUGGGCGAGACCCUGCUGGCAUGCCUCAUCCAGAAACGGGGAAGGAUCUUUAUGAGCCAACGCACGGCGCCAAAGUGCUGACAAUGGCCCCUGGUCUGAUCACCCUGGAAAUAGUUCCCUUUCGAGUUGCAGCUUACAACAAGAGAAAGAAGCGUAUGGACUACUAUGACUCUGAACACCAUGAAGACUUUGAGUUUAUUUCAGGAACACGAAUGCGCAAACUUGCCCGAGAAGGCCAGAAACCUCCUGAAGGUUUCAUGGCUCCCAAGGCUUGGACUGUGCUGAUGGAAUACUACAAAUCGUUGGAGAAGGCUUAAGCUGUUGAUCCAGUCAUUCUACCUUUGAUGCUUCACUGAGUGGCAAGAGGGGACCAUUAGUCACUGUCGGCAUUUAUUCGUGGUCGUGUCUGUCCGGAUGUGCUUCCUAAAAACAGACCAUUUUCCUUAAUCAGUGUCAGUUUGCGUCUGCCUUAUGGGUUCUGUUUUGAACUAGUGUAACACACUGCUGGUUUUAAUGUAUCUUUUCUGCUUAUUAUAGUUAUAUUCCUACAAUACGAUUUUAAAAUUGUCUUUUUAUAUUAUAUUUAUGCUUCUGUUUCAUAAUUUUUUCAAGCUGUUAUAUUAGUUAUAACCAAUAGUACACACAUUGAAUCUCACUUUUCAUUCUUUAAAGAAAGAAAAUAAAAAGACUAAACAAUCAACUUGGCUAGACCUUGUUUUGGGAAUUUAACAAGACAUCUGUCGCAAGUAGAUUUUUUUUUCUAUAUUGAAAAUAGAAAAUGCUUCCUUUCAUCCUUCCAAUCAGCUAUUGAUCUUUCAGCUAUUGUAAUCUAAAAUAUUCUUAUGAGCUGUGUAAGUUCUGAAUGAAUUUAUUCAAUAAAAUUAAUUUUUUUGGCUUCUUAUUUAUAUGAUACUUUUUAUAUUGCUUUGUUUACACACACCCUUUGCUCCUUGUGAAAAAGUUUCUCAUAGGGGAGCGAAAAUACAGGCAUCUUUUAUUAAUGGAAUCUAACACUUGGUUCCUUACGUGUGUUACAUCAUGAAAUUUUGGAUAGCAGAAGCCUAUGUUCCAUCAUUUUAAGUGGGAAAAUAAUAAAACAUUCUUAGUUCAUCCAAAAACUCAACCAGUUUUCCCAAAUAUCUCUCCAAUAUUCUUAAAUACCUAUGUAACAAUCCACCAAGGUUUUGGAAUAUAGGUGGGGUAUGUACUGCUUUAGUUAGGAAAAACUAGCUUAUGUUGUAGAAACAAUCUCUAAAUCACAAGGGAUUAAAAUAAAGAAGAUUUAAUUCUUCUUUACGCCUUGUGAUCCACACAGUUGACAGAUCCUCUUUAGAAUACUAUACAGAUGAAUAGUGGUGGAACAGAAGAAGGAGUAAACUAGGUUUGGGAGGUGGCAUUACAGGUAAGAGGUGAGCAGAGGUAAGAAAUGAUUCACAGCAGCCGUGAAUCCUGAGUUGAGUUUUAUGUGAUGAGUACUUGUUUGCUGGGUAGACAAGGUGGGAAAGCAUAUUCCAACCAAACAGAAAUACAUGAAACAGUUGGCAUAUUUUGGAAAUUAUAAGUACCUUUGUACAGCUAGGGUGUACAAUGUCAAAUGUGGAAAACAGCGAGAAAUGUGGCUUAAGGCAAGAUAAGAUGAUAGUCUGGCUCAGUUCAAUGGCAAUGGGGACAGAAGAGAAAGGGCUGAAUUAAGAAAUGUUUAUGUGGUAGGAUUGGCAAGUGUGUAUGAUUUCUUGGAUGUAGAGGCUAAGGAGAAAGGAGAAAUUGUGUGUAUUUCCAAAUGUCUGAGAUGAAUGGAUGGAUGGGGGUGGUGCUAGAAAUAGAAACAAGAUAGAAGGAGAUGGGCGGAUGCCAAGUAGUCUGUUCUUGUGGGUUGGAGCAACCUAUCAAGUUUGCUGUUGUGGAAUAUUUGCUUUUGUAGAUUAUUGCUACGUGGAAUAGUCUAAGCGGAGAUGUUUGUUUAGGAACCGGACAUACAACUGUGGCUGGACUUUACUCUCAGGUCCAGAAGUAAGGGUUUAGAGAAGUUACUAUUUAGAAUCACAGCGUAAAGACAUGGUCCCUUGGACAUUUUGGGAAAUAUUUAAGUUGAGAGUAAACACUGUAUUUUCAUCUAAAGCCAGGGUUGGAACAUAGAUGGUCCUUUCCUGAACUAGGGCCUUAGAAAUCAUUUCUCCAUUGCUAAUGAGGCUCAAAAAUGUCUGCUUUCCCACAACUAAUUCUCAGGAACUCCUGAAAUCUUAAGUGUCCAUGUAAGCUUAGAACAGAAUAAGACCACAACUAAUAAUAGCAAUAAGAACAUUUUUUACGUUGUUUCGGAUUGUAGGUUACUUCUUUAGGGGUUCAUAGUUUGCUGGGUGCAGGGCUCCUUCCAGGAAUUGACAAACUCUCCAGGGAGCCCAGGCUCCUUAGUUGGAAGCCUCAUAACAAUUAAACAUGACUUUAACUUUGAAAAGGAAAAGUUAGCAGAGAUCACGAGGUACCUGUAGACAUCUCCUGAUUCCUGCAAAGUUGAUCCUCUCUUACAGGACCUUCUGACACUAGGAGAGAAGCCUACAUCGUCCACGUGGUGUAAGGCUUCCUGUUGCCCUCUUGGCGGAGGUGGUGGGUCACAACACAGGCAUUUUUCUCUUCAGGGCCAAGCCAGUCUCUCAUUCUCUUAGUAUUCCCAUCCCUCCUUCUCUGUGGCUCUCCUACUACAAUGACAAGGUUAUGAAAUAUGAAAGGAAGGAACCCUUCAGUCUCAGAAAAAUGCUCAGCACCAGAGGUCUUCAGGCAAGCUUUUCAAUGUUUACAUUUUUUUCUCAACUUUGCUUCAUGUUUGGAGGAGUGGAAGGCCACCCUGACACACUUCACAGGGGCUAGCAUCCCUUGCCACUAACGAUAGCGCUUUGUCUCUUUGGUUGCCAGCAAUUAUUUGUGGAAGUUUCUAAUCUUGAAGUGAGCCACACACAGGAUGUGACUAUGGGAGGUUGGAAGUCAGAAUCUUGGCUGUAUCCAAGCAAGUGACUCUAAGAGAAUCAGGAUUUCUGGUUCUGAGAACUUACUUAAAAAUGGAAUAGAUUUAGAAAUGGUAGAGAAAAUCUUAUAAUAAAAAAUAAGAAAAUACAACCUGUGGGAAAAAAGCAAACAUAGGAAAAUGUCCAGCUACAGCAGAUUUAUUAUUAAUGCAAGUUAAAAUAUGUAAAGUAUCUUGUUUUAUGCUGGCUAGAAUGUGAUGAAAUCAGACCUAAGGUAUCAGGGUAUGGGGGAAUUUUGCUAAAUCCAAGUGUUCUAACUCGGGCUACCUGAAUUUUCAGGAUAGCAUCAUCUUCCCUCACCUCUGGCAGUUGGGAGAUUAUAUUAGUUGCCCCUUUAUCCUUGGUUUUGCUUUCUGUGGCUUUAGUCACCUUCAGUCUGAAAUAUUAGAUGGAAAAUUCUAGAAAUAAAUAAUUCAUCAGUUUUAUUGUGUGCCAUUCUCAGAAGUGUGAUGAAAUCUUGCACCAUCCUGCUCUAUCCUGCCUGGAAUGUGAAUCAUCCUUCUAUCCAGCAGAGCCAUCUAGUUAUCAGAUCGACUGUUGUGGUAUUGCAGUGCUUGUGUCCAAGUAACCCUUAUUUUACUUAACAAUGACCCCAAAGUGCAAGAGUAGUGAUGCUGGUAUUUUGGAUAUGCCAAAGAGAAGCCAUAAAGUCCUUCCUUUAAGUGGAAAAGGUGAAAGCUUUUAUCAAGGAAAGUAAAAAAAUCAUAUGCUGAAGUUGCUAAGUUAUGGUAAGAAAGAAUCUUCUAUCUGUGAAAUUGUGAAGAAGGAAAAGAAAUUCACAGACUUCAACCAGCCAAAGUUACAGCCACAGUGUCUGAUAAAUUCUUAGAAUGGAAAAGGCAUUAAACUGUGGGUGGAAGACAUGAAUAGAAAACUUAUUCUGAAUGAUGGCAAUAUGUCUUGCCAGAUUGAGAAAACAAUCUUAAUUAAGUUAAGCUUUAUCAUAGGAAUGUAUGGAUAGGAAAAAAACAUAGCAUAUAUAGGGUUCAGUACCAUCCAAGGAUUUAAUGGAUUUAAUAAGUGAACCCCUUUGGUUCCUAUUUGCAGCACCCAAAUAUUCCUUUGAAAUGCCAGACAGACCCGGCAGUGGCCAACAGUUAAUUUCUGCUCCCCCAGAGAUGAAAAGUUCAGGUUCUCUGAGUAUGGUGUUGCAGUGGUAUCUCCCCAUAAUUGGGGGACUUUAAAUGUACCAGUGAAAAAAGCUUUUUCCCCUUCAAAGGGAAGAAAAAAAGUCACCCCAAAACAUGGCAGAUCUGGCUGUGAGGCCCUCUUCCCAUCUCUUCAGGCUUUUUUUUUUUCCAGUGGAGCAAGAAAGAUCAAAACCUAACCUGAUUUACAAGAAAGAGGACAGUGAUGGCUAUGAAAGGAGUGACCAGAAGCAACUGACAUACUCCUUUAUCUCCCAUAUGCAAGGCAUGUGCUUCCUAGAAAAACAACAAAAAUAACAAAUCCACAAAAUACGACAGCUAGAAUUACAAAAUCCAUUCAUCCAAGGGUGGUGUAAGGCAGUAUAGGUGAGAGGGUAACUGGCACAGGGAGAAAAAGUAUUAGAGUCAGUCCAGGCACAGGGGAUGGCAAAUGCUAGAAAACAGCUGCAGAAAAACCUGUGGCCCUUUCAGACUCAUAGGAAGAUGCUGUUUUAUGUGCACCAGAGACAAACCUUCCAGUUCCCCAGAGAGAAGUGAAUAUGCAGAAGGCCCCUGGCAGCGUGGGUGCUGGCUUCCCUGGCAGGCGGAGGUGAGCAGGGAACAGAGCUGUCACAGCCUCUCUCCAAUCUCACCCAUCCCCUUUGGGUGGAGGCAACUCAGGGGCCUGCAACAGGCUUCAGUUUGUGGGAGAUGGAUGUGGUGAGGGAACUUCUCUGCAGAGUUGAGCUGCGCAGGGCAGAUUGCAGGUACACUGUCUUGCUGGAAGAGUCUGCUGCUUAAGAAGACCACCAAGGAGAAGAGUUGCAACUGGAAGAGGAGCUCUGUCAGGGUCUCUGCUUUGGCGCUGAGGAAAGAGGCUACAGAGGAGGCAGCCACUGAUAACGUACGAGGACUGCACUGCAGCGAGAAAAGCCAAAGGCAAAGCAGACCCAAGGUAGGAAGGCCAGUUCCUUUCUGUUUGCAAGCACCUGUGUGCAUUUCAAUUGCUUUAUUGAACCAACGAUAUUCAAAGCAAUACAGUGAGUAGAGAGGGGACGCAGGAGACCGAGCAGCUGCCCAUCAAGAUGUGUGCGAAAGAGACUCACAAAGACCCCUGGAUGAGGAAGAGAGGCUGUGACAAAAGGCUGAAGAGUGUGUCAGCAGUUACGUCGCUGACCCUGGGGAAGGGGUGAGGCUUCCUUCCCCUGCCUCAAGUGCCAGGUCAGCGGUUCCGUGAGACCCAACGGCACUCACAGCUUUGCUAAGCGCAGACCGGCAGCGCCCAGACAGCACCGGAAAUCGAUGCGACGAAUUCAGCCACGACCCCCCAUCUCCGCGUCGUGACGCCCAGCGACAAUCGGGGCUGUUACUGACGGAAGCACAGGAAUAAACACUCGACAAAACAGGACACUAGGCCAGAGCCUCCAUGGACCAUUGCAGGCAGAACACUGGAAAAUUCCACCACCGCCACGCGGCUCACCGCCUGGCCUCGCCCGCGCCGCUGCUGGCCGCUGCUGGCCGGUCCUCCCCAGGCGCGUCCUCUUCUGCCGGACUCCAGCCUUGAGACGCUGCAAAUGCCCCAGACAGAGUCUUUGAUUCCCCUGGCGGGGUCCUGGAGAAAGGUGUUGACACUGGCAGCCAUCUCGUCACCACCCAAACUGUCAGCUCCACAGAGGCGAGGGGAACAGCCCAAAAUCUCUCUUCAGGAAGGAUCCGCGGCUCUGCCUCUGCAGGGUGCUGGCCGCGCUCCUAGGGCCACGCGGCAGCCGCACUGCGCAUGCCCGGCCUCGAAUGCUGCCCACACUGCGCAUGCCGGGCCACGUGUCGCCUAUGCAACGCUCAGUUGUCCGUUGGGGUGUCUUGGAACGUGUCCCCCUCAGACGGAGGGACUACAGUACUGAGGAUGCAAUGAGAGGAAUUUCACAGGCGUGGAGUGGUGUAAAGCCUGCUGCGUGAGAACGAAGCAUUUACCUCAGACCCAACAGGACGGGCCUCCGGUUACCCAGGAAUGUGGUGUGAGCUUAAGAACCUAUUCUUCAAGUGAAGUCCAAUGUAUACACAGAUGAGAGUGGAACUGUUCUGAUGGAUGCAGUGAACCUCACCCCUUACCAAACACCAUCUCUUCAGCCUUGUACCACACUGUGGUCUUGUGGCCUUUGAGACACUUUGGAAGAAUGCUUGGGUCUGGGGAGAGAACCAUUAUGCUGUACUUCGUGUUGAACAUGGCCUUGUGUGUCUGCAAAUUGGACUAUUGGGAAGUAUUAAGAUCAAGAAAACAUGGGCUGAUUUUACCUUGCAUGUACUUAACAACUUUCACAUGAGGAGAGAACCUCACAUUAGACAAAGUCUGAUUAAAGGCAAAAAUUGAGUAGAGAGGAUUUAA